UUGAAUUAAUUAAAAUUAGUUAAAAUUUGCUAUCACAAUGAAACUAAAUAAACACCAACAAAGUGAAUUAAACAAUCAAAUGGUAAUUGAAAGAUUGAUCUAAUUGGAAACAAGUGAAAUCGAUGGACCUUUAAAAAGUGAAAAAUUAACUUAAUUGAAUUUUCUAAUCUAAUUGAAUUAGGCGUAAUUUAACCUGACCUCAUCAAUGGUUUAUUAUUUUCACUCGUAAUUAGCUAAUUAUCUGAUUUCUAUUAUUUGAAAUAUUCGCAUGCAGUUAAUACACAUGGUGAAUGUCAACAAAUGAUUAGGUCAUUAGUCAUAUUUACAAUUGUAUUGAUUUGUUUUGAUCAUUUUCUAUUAGCACCUUAAUUUAACCUUUAGAUUUAAUUUAAUUACAAUGAGAGAGAAAAUCAAAAUAUAAACAAUACAAUCAGAUCGGUAAAAGAAUUGAAAUAAAACAAAUGUAAAUCAAUUGUCGCUUAAUUUGAAUACACAAAAUUAGUAACUAAUUAUCUGGAAUUGGAGUUGAAAAAAUUAAUUUCUCAUUCGAGGAUUAAACCUAAUUGAUUAACUCACAAUUUGAAUAACAAUUAAAAUGCAUGAAAGCCAAUACUUAUUAAUUAGUUGAAACAAAGAUUGAUUUAAAGCCAAAUAAUAACAAAGAUUUACAAUAACACAAUUAAAAAUUUGAUUGAAUUAAAUGAGUUUUUCACAAUUGAUCAAUGAAUUUUCAACGAUAUUGACUAAUUCAGAACAAUUAAAAAACACUAAUCAAGUCAAGAGAAGUAAACAAAUUUUAAUGUAUAUAACCAAAUCAACCAAAAUUUUGUGAAUUACAAUUAAAUCACUGACCUAAUCUUAACAAUUAAAUCACUUGGAAUCACACAGUUUACACAUAACUGGAACAGUUAAUCAGUUAAUUGUCACGAAGAUAUUUACAAUUGGCAUUCUCUUAUUAGAUUAAUAGUGAAAAAGAAAAAAAAAUCGAAAGAUUGAACAAAAGAUCAAUCGAAGAUGAAAGAAAGAGAAAGAGAAAGAAAAAAAACAAAAGAGAAUAAAAAAUUAGUUUGAUUAAGAGAAUCAAAGAAAAAAAAAAGAAUCACAAUUAAACUUGACAAUGAAAUUUAAUCGUAAACACAAUUUAUCUAAAUGAGGGAUAAGGUGUAACUAAAUUAACUAAAGAAAAACAAUAAUGGGACACAAAUUAACAUCUAAAUUGGAAUUGAUUUUAAAUCGUAACUUGAUCACCAAGAUGAUUAAGCCAAACCCUUUUUCUAAUUGUCAAAACAAUUAAAGGCAAGUGAACAUUGGAAUUAUAAAUUGUAUAUAAGCGAACUGUAAAUCAUUAAAUUGUCAUUAAAUCUUAAUCAGUGAAACAACAACAACAACAAGUAAAUUAACAAAAUCAACUAAAUUCAUUACCAUGUUUUGGAUAAUCAUUUUUAACAGUCUACUGAUUGUGAAUCUCAGUGCAGAGGCGAUUGGAGGUAAUGUAAACCCGCCGGUGACAACGACAACCACUACACCUUCACCUUUACCCUUAGUGUUCACCCCUUUACCGACUUCAGGAACUGUUCAUUUAGCCCAACCUUCACCUGCACCUUCACCCUCACCAGCACCGGCGAUACCUCAAGUUCCCGUUUUGAGCGCUCAAUCGAUAGUUGAACAGAAAUUACUAUCAACCGGUGAUGAUUUAAAUCCAUCCGAAAGUAAAACUAAACGUUCCUAUGGUCCAAUCAAGGGUUAUAAUAAUGACGAUAAACAUUAUCAGGAGAUUAGUAAUGAUUUGAUUGAACAGGAUUAUCUUGUUAAACACGAAUCCACUUUAGCUGAUUUGGAUAAACACUUGAACAAUGGUCGAGUUGAUAAAGGUAAAUCUGGCCUCGCUGCUCACGAUCAUGGUAAACACGACCUGAAAGAAGAGGCUGGAGUUGCCCUUCUCGAUCAAAAGGUUCACAAAGAUCACGACAAGUACGUUAAACACACUUGGAAUCGAGGUGAUGGUUUCAUUAAACGAUGGAGUUGGGAUCAAGGUGCUCAUCUUGAAAAGGAAAAAGACGAAGGUGAUAAAAAGCACACUGAACAUCAUGGGAAGAAAGUUCAUCAUGAGCAUCAUGAAGUUGAUAAAGCGGCGGCAAAGGAAAACGCUAAACAUAAAGACGCUCAUAAAGUGGCUUAUGAUUCUGGGUCAGGUCAUCAUUCUGGUGAUCAUAGAGAUUCGGGUUUCAUUUUGGGAGAUUAUAAUUAUAAAGAUAAUCAUCGAAGUGAAGGCGAAAAAAGAAAACAAAAACAAAAACAAAAACAGCCCAAAAAAUACAAAGAAUAUCAUUACAAUGAUGAUAGUUACACUUCUCCUUAUGAUUUCGUCAACGAAAACCUAAAAAUGGCCAGAGAAGAUUCUCCUCCUCCCCCACCACCAAGUGACGAAAAUAAAAAUGGACGUUAUCGAUCAACGAAAAAUCCUCGUCGACGACCUGAAGGAGCUGCACCACCACCACCGCCACCACCACCUCCUCCACCACCAUCCGAACAAUUAGAAGAUGAUUAUAACAAAAAUUUCGAUAGCUUUUCUCAUAACAAAAACAGUGAAGAUCAUGAUGAUCAUGAUUCUGAUUAUCAUGAAAAUAACGAUCAUCAGUCUCAUUCCCCUUCUGGUAAUUCUCACGAUGGACCUGAUUCAUAUUAUCCUCCUCAAUCUAUUGAAUCUCAUGAUGAUAUUCCAGCAAAUUUGGGUUACAUUUCAACUAAACAUCCAAGAGAAGAUGAUAAACCUUUCAUCCGAACAGAAUAUCGACAAAAUUCAUCAUAUGAUCACCGAUCAUCCACUCGAUCUCCACCUAAAAGACACAACAAACGAAAAGAAAUCAGUGACAAUUGGAAAUCAAUCAGUCGACAAGAACAACAAUCACCAGGUUCAAACUCGAAGAGCAACAAAAAUAAACCGAAACCUUAUCGACACGAAAGAAUCGUCAAGUAUGUCGACGAAUACGAUAAUGACCUUCACCCUGACAUGGAACCACCCAAAGAGCCCAAGUACACCGAUUAUCCUUAUCCCGCUGAAGAUGAAAAAUCUGAAUCCAAUUACAACAAUCAUGAUAACGAUAAUCACUCUUCUGAUGAUUACAGAAACCAACGAAAACCCUCAGGCCAAAAAUUAGUUCAUCGUCAUCAUGAACGAAGGGAGCAAAAGUUUUACCUCGAUGAUACCCAAAGGUCACCAAUCUCACACCAAGAAGAAUCAAGAAAUCAUCUUCUAAUUCAUGGUAAUCAUACCGAUGGUUCAUCGUUACUCAAACAAUUAACACCACAACAAUUUCAAACAGUUCUCGACAAUGAAUUCACUCGGACUGGUCAUCUCGGUAUGGGUCAUCUCUUUGGUUAUGCCUCAGAAAUCCCACCGGUCGUUAAAUUCAUGCCCAUUAAGAAAUGAUUACUGAUUCAAACUGUUACAUCCUAAAUUGUUAUUCCAUCAAAUUGUAAUUGUAAUUUAUUCUCGCUAAUUUAUUAUCGCAUCUAUAAUCUUAUUAUUGUAAAAUUUGUUACAUACUCAAUCUUAAUUUAAUACCCAACCUUUGUUUAGAAGCCUCAAUCAUUAUGAUUACUAUUUAAUUGUUGUAGAUGUGUAAAUAAUCAACAUGAAAAAUUAACCUCUAAUUCCUAAUUAAAUCACUAUUUUAAUGCAUUAACAAAUUGUUGCUUUUUGUUAUUCCAUCAUUUUGAUCAUCCAAUUUAAAUUAACAAUUAGGAUUAUCGUUUAAAAUUAAAACACGAUUAUAAUCAACUCUUAAUCCAG